GUAAGUGAUAACAUUUUAUUUCUGAAAUAUGUUUGAGUCAGCUUCACAGAGUUAUAAUUCAUGUUUCUGUUCAGUUUUGGAUGAACCAUGGAGGGAAUUAUGUUGGGGACAAAAACAGCAGAAUCUUCAGUAUGUUCAGGAAUACAAACCUGAAAAAGACGACAUCAGGUACCUCAGAGUCCUGCUUUAUGGACCAGUUGGAUCUGGAAAGUCCAGUUUCAUCAACUCUGUCAGUAACGUCAUUCGAGGUCGGAUGACGGUUCCUGCUUGGGCCAGCACGAUGACGUCUGACCAAAGCUUCACCAAAAAGUAUGAGACCCAUAAGUUCAUUAAAGGACGAGGAACCACAAAGACCUUUUACCCUCUGGUCUUCAACGACAUCAUGGGACUGGAAGACGGAACAGACAAAGGAGUUCAUGCUGAUGACAUCAAACUGGCUUUGAGAGGACAUGUGAGGGAAAGUUAUAAGUUCAACCCAGUUGCUCCUCUAUCUCAGGAUGACCCAGGCUACAACCCGACUCCCUCUGCUGAUGACAAAGUUCAUGUCCUGGUCUGCAUGAUGUCAGCCAACACUCAUCAGAUUAAACCAUCAAUUCUGGAGAAGGUGAAGAGCAUCAGAGAAACAGCCAGUGACCUGGGAAUUCCUCAUAUGGCCAUGAUGACACACAUUGAUGAAGCCUGCGGUGAAAUUGAGAAAGACUUGAGGAAUGUCUACAAGAGCAAGUAUGUGAGAAAAAAGAUGAAAGACUUCAGCGCAGCAGUGGGAAUCCCCAUGAACUGCAUCUUUCCUGUGAAGAACUACAGUGAAGAAAUCAGCUUGAACGAUGAUAUUGAUUCUCUGAUCCUGAGCGCUCUGAGGACAAUGGUCGACUUUGGAGACGACUUUAUUGAAAAGAUUUAAACUGAGAUGUAGAGAAAACAGUGAUGUGAAGAAAGUACAGAUGCAUACAAUAUACUGUAUAUCCACAUAAAGUUAUGUUAGGUCAUAUUAACUGGAAUGCGUUUUUGAACUUGAGAAUUAAAAGAAACAUUUUGUAGAGGAAGCAGUUUUAUAGAAUUAUUCAAAAGUAAAAUCUUGAUAUUAUCUUUUUAGGUGAAGCGUGGUGUUUAGGUCAGUAUACCAGUCAGUAUACCAGUCUAAAGUAGAAGCAGCUCCUUCCAACUCUCUAUGAAAGUUAGUUUUCAUUAUCUUAAAAACUCUAAACAGUUCUUUUCUAUAUUAGUCUGUCUUGUGUUUUUAAUACUGUUUAUGUGAAUUUUCCUUUAUCUUUUUAAUUUGUUAUGAGUCUUUCAUCUGUUUUUCAUGUAAAGCACUUUAAUGACCCUGUGUGCAAAGUGGCUGUACAAAUAAACUUGCACUGCCUUUUUUUAACCAAUUUUACAUUACAAUGGUUUUUGCCAUGCAAUUUGAUACAAUGUUAAUCAUAUCUAGACUGUCCAGUUGAUUGCUGUGACUUUUACCUCYUGUUAUGUUGCGGGUCAAUUUGACCCGUUUCAAAGUUUAAAAUUUUU